ACACAUAUUCGCCCAGGUCGCAGUGUGAGUCUGGGUCGCCAUCGGAGGCGUUGACGAGAUGAAAGCGCCGCCGACUCCCGAGUCGUCUCACGCGCCAGUCAACUACUUUGACGACUCUCCGUCAGUUCAAGAAGCGCCAUUCAAGUCCGUGCGGUCGCCGCACAACAAACCGCCCGCCACGAGCGCGUUGACGACACAACCGAGUUUUCGCGGUGAAAAGAUGCACCUGGACUUGUCUUUGCAGUGGGCAAACAACUUUGGUAUCCAGCUCGCGAUGUUCCUCUUCUUCAUCGGGGCGCUUGCCGUCACGAUCGUCAUUCCGUCCGUCGGGUACAAGGUUGAAGUCGGGUUGCUUGCGGGCGGAUCCGUCACGAUCUUGUCGACCGCCGCGGUCCUGUACACGUACUCGGCGAUGCCGAUGUGGAAGAAGCAUCCGAACCCGUUGAUCUUUUACCGCAGUCUUUUCGACAUGGGGUUUGUCCUCGUCCUGAUGACAACCCAGUUGUACAAAUGCUACAACGGUCACUGCGUCGUCUCGUCAACCAAGGAGGGUACCGACACCGCCACGUUGGCCAUUCUGAAGCCGCAAGGAUGCAACACAGUCGCCGGGUUCACGCAGUUCUUUCUCCUGGGGUCCGAGUGCUGGUUCUUCGUCAUGUCGGUGGACUUGUUCAAGUCGGUGCGAAGUCCCUUUACGGACUUCAAGCGCAACAUGCGCACCUACCAUGCCUUUGUGUGGGGCCUCUCCACGGUCUCGGCCAUUUUGCUUGUCGCGAUCGAUCAGUCGGGGCCGUCCGAGUUCAAUUACUGCUGGACAAAGCCCCACAACAAGGGCACGACCCUCGACAACCGAAACAUCUUUUGGAGCUUGAACGUCACGAGCUGGGGCUUCUUCUAUGCGUGGAUCAUCCUGUACUUCUUUGCCGCGAUCGGCGUCAUCUACUUUGCGUGGCAGCGGCUCAAAGGUGGUCUUGCCGAAACCCUCCGCGUCCGGCUGCGCGUCCUACACUCGGUCACGGUGUAUGUCGUCGCCAUCAUCAUUUACUGGGCCAUCACGUUCGGCGUGUACGUGCCGUAUCUGGCGCUCGGGCUCGUCAACAACCCGAUGGACUACCCCGUCCUGCCGCAAGUCAUGGUGUUCUUCAUCACGUGCAAAGGAUAUUUUGAUUUCUUUGUGUGGUUUCAAAUCAACGAGCUGCCGAAGCAUCCGUCGUCGUCCACCGCGACGCCUCCUACCGCCGCCAAGGUCGAUGUGGACGUCGACUUGAGCCCGCAAGUGAACCAGGCCCUUCGCGCAGAAGUGCUGCCGCGCGCCUUGCGGCCACCGAUGCCGAAGAUAGCGACAUGCCCAAGCGAGAGCUCCACCUGA